CCUAUGCUAUUGGGCGGAGUGGAUGGCAUCUUCCUGCCGCUCGUCCACAUCGAAAGCCAGGUUCUGGGCGGCAUCCUGUACUUCUUCGGGCUGAUCUGGUGCUUCCAGGGUGUCGGAAUCAUAUCCGACAUCUUCAUGAGCGCAAUCGAGAAGAUCACCUCUGAAAGGAAGCAGGUCAUACAGAAGUACACCAAGUCGGUCUGGGACGCGGGCCAGGACUCUGGGGGCGUCCAAAGCGCGGCCGCUCCAGACAGCGAGUCGCAGCGGCGGACCGUGAAGGUUUGGAAUGACACGGUGGCGAACUUGACCUUGAUGGCCCUUGGUUCCAGUGCGCCUGAGAUCCUAUCUGGUCGCCUGAGGCACGUUGGCGGACUGAGCCUGGUCGAACUGGCCCCGAACAGGAUGAAGGUCGGCGGCCUUGGUCCCUCGACCAUCGUAGGCAGUGCAGCAUUCAACCUGCUGAUCAUCACAGCGGUCUGCAUUUCAGCCAUUCCUGGUGGCGAUUCGCGCAGGAUCAAGGACAUGACUGUCUUCGGGGUCACCGCGUUCUUCUCGAUAUUCGCGUACCUUUGGCUCCUCGUCAUCUUGCUGGUCGUCACGCCGAACAAGGUCACACCGAUUGAGGGUCUGCUUACAAUUGCGUUCCUACCAAUCUUGGUCUACGUGGCCUACUUGGCGGACAUUGGCUGGUUCCACGAGGCAAUCGGCGUGGUUAAGCCGCGCAAGACGCUA